AUGUCUUUCUUAUUCGGGAGAAACAGGGCGCGUCCCUCCACCGUGGACUUGCCCAAGCAAGCCCGCGAUUCCGUUACUAAAUUAGAGAAGCUGGAUGGGCCCGCCGGCCAAGCAAAGGCAGAGGAGCUCGCAAAGACGCUCAGCCAGAUGAAGCAGAUACUGCAGGGUACACAGGAAACCGAGGCCACCCCCGAGCAAGUAUACCAAUUGGUUCACGGCAUGAUCGAGGAGGACCUGCUGUACCAACUUGCAGUCAACCUGUGGCGGCUGCCGUUCGAGGCACGCAAAGACACACAGGUUAUCUUCAGCUCCGUCUUCCGAUUCAGACCAGCCACCGCGUCUCCCAAGUCCGACCCUGUCGCCUUGAGCUGGGUGGUCAACAACAGGCCACAGGUCCUCAUCGAACUCUGCAAGUGUUAUGACCACAAGGAGAGUGCGACUCCGGCCGGCUCGGUCCUUCGAGAGGUCUUAAAGAGCGAGGCAGCUGCCGCUAUAAUCCUUUACGACGACGGCGAGGAGCAGGGUUCCAGUGCCAAGGGCAUCAUGGGCAUCGACCAGGACAGGGCGCAAUCGGGGAAUGGCGUCUUCUGGCGGUUCUUCGAUUGGAUCGACAAAAGCUCCUUCGAGGAGAUUCUGACCAAGCACAAGGACAUUAUACCGAGAUAUCUGGCCAUCAACUUCGACAUGUUCUUUGACAAAUAUAACCACGUCCUCGUCCAAUCCACCAGCUACGUCACAAAACGGCAGUCUAUCAAACUCCUUGGCGAGCUUCUUCUGGACCGGUCUAAUUACAACAUCAUGACGGCGUACGUGGACAGCGGCGAGCACCUCAAAAUCUGCAUGAACCUACUACGGGAUGACCGCAAGAUGGUCCAGUACGAGGGCUUUCACGUGUUCAAGGUCUUCGUGGCCAACCCCCACAAGUCCGUCCCUGUGCAGAAAAUACUAUUGAUGAACCGGGACAAGCUCCUCCAGUUCCUGUCGCGCUUCCUCGAGGACCGAACCGAUGACGAACAAUUCAUAGAUGAGAAAGAAUUUCUCAUUAAGCAGAUACGAAACAUGCCAGCAGCGCCUGUACCUCCUCAACGAUAA